GAGAGCGGGGCCGGGUGGUGGCGCACCUGGUUGAGCGCACAUGUUGCAGUGCGCAAGGACCCGGGUUCGAGUCCCUGGUCCUCACCUGCAGGGGGAAAGCUUCACGAGUGGUGAAGCAGGGCUGCAAGUAUUUAUCUCUCUCCCUCUCACUCUUCCCCUUCCCUCUCAGCUUCUGGCUUUGUCUAUCCAAUAAAUAAAUAAAGAUUAAAAUAAAUUUAAAAAUAAAGGAGAGAGACACAUGCAGAUCUGCUUCACUACUCAGUGAAACUUUCUCCCCGGAGGUGGGGACCAGAGGCUUGAACCGGGUCCUUGCGCAUUAUAAUGCGUGCGCUCCACCCUCCUGGGAGUUUUGCUUUGUCAGACCUUAUGUUCUAAUGCCCGGGAAAGAGUCAUUUCAGCAGGCGAUGUGUUUUGUGGGAACUGGAACAGACCGAUGUGUUGGUGACAGAAAGUCUGCGACUAUCCCUCUGUUCAUGAAGAACAAAGAUGUGGCUGCAGAGGCGGUCACAGGCAGUGGUAAAACUCUUGCUUUCGUCAUCCCCAUCGUGGAAAUUCUUUUGAGAAGGGAAGAGAAGUUAAAAAAGAAUCAGGUGGGAGCCAUCAUCAUCACACCCACUCGAGAGCUGGCUAUUCAGAUUGAUGAAGUUCUGUCUCAGUUCACGAAGCCCUUCCCACAGUUCAGCCAGAUUCUCUGGAUUGGCGGCAGGAAUCCUGGAGAUGAUGUCACGAGGUUUAAGGAGCAGGGUGGGAACAUCGUGGUGGCAACACCAGGCCGCUUGGAGGACAUGUUCCGCCGGAAGGCUGAGGGCUUGGACCUGGCCAGCUACGUGAGAUCGCUCGAUGUGCUGGUGCUGGACGAAGCAGACAGACUUCUGGACAUGGGGUUUGAGGCAAGCAUAAACACCAUCCUGGAAUUUCUUCCAAAACAGAGGAGAACAGGCCUUUUCUCUGCCACUCAGACGCAGGAGGUGGAAAACCUAGUCCGUGCAGGCCUCCGGAACCCAGUCCGCAUCUCUGUGAAGGAGAAGGGGGUGGCCGCCAGUAACACCCAGAAAACUCCCUCCCGCCUAGAGAACUACUACAUGGUAUGUAAGGCAGAUCAGAAAUUUAACCAGCUGGUACAUUUUCUUCGAAAUCAUAAGCAUGAAAAACACCUGGUCUUCUUCAGCACCUGUGCCUGCGUGGAGUACUACGGGAAGGCUCUGGAGGGCCUGGUGAAGAACGUGAAGAUAAUGUGCAUUCACGGAAAGAUGAAGUUCAAACGCAACAACAUCUUCAUGGAGUUCCGCAAACUGCAGAGUGGGAUUCUGGUGUGCACAGAUGUGAUGGCCCGAGGAAUAGAUAUUCCGGAAGUAAACUGGGUUUUGCAGUAUGACCCUCCUAGCAGUGCAAGUGCCUUCGUGCAUCGCUGCGGCCGCACAGCCCGCAUCGGCCACGGCGGCAGUGCACUUGUCUUCCUCCUUCCCAUGGAAGAGUCAUACGUCAAUUUUCUGUCGAUUAACCAAAAAUGCCCCCUGCAGGAGAUGAAGCUCCAGAAAAACACUGGAGACCUUCUACCAAAGCUCAAGGCCAUGGCCCUGUCUGACAGAGCUGUAUUCGAAAAGGGUAUGAAAGCUUUCGUGUCAUAUGUCCAGGCUUAUGCCAAGCAUGAGUGCAACCUCAUCUUCAGACUAAAGGAUCUUGAUUUUGCUAGUCUUGCUCGAGGUUUUGCCUUGCUGAAGAUGCCCAAGAUGCCAGAACUCAGAGGAAAGCAAUUUCCAGAUUUUGUGCCUGUGGACAUGAAUACAGACACCAUUGCGUUUAAAGAUAAAGUCAGAGAGAAGCAGAGGCAGAAGCUACUGGAGCAGCAAAGAAAAAAGAACUCAGAAAAUGAAGGGAAAAGAAAAUUUAUAAAAAAUAAAGCGUGGUCCAAGCAGAAGGCCAAAAAGGAAAAGAAGAAAAAAUUGAAUGAAAAAAGAAAACGGGAAGAGGGUUCUGACAUUGAAGACGAGGACAUGGAGGAACUUCUUAAUGAUACAAGGCUCUUGAAAAAGUUUAAGAAAGGCAAAAUUACUGAAGAAGAAUUUGAGAAAGGUUUGUUGACAAGUGGCCGAAGAACAAAGGCCACAGAUCUGAGGAUCUCAGAUCUGGAGGAUGAUGGUUGACUCUGCUGCCUCCCUCACAUGAAGUGCUCUGAGCACAAGGGCACAGGAGCAUGGUGAGUGGGCCCACUUGGCACCCAGCUGCCGUUGCUCUUCUGCAUGACAGCACAUCAGUGGGCAUCAAAGAAUCACACCUCAGAAAGCUGUCACUUCAGUGUGGGCAGAAAUGAGCAUGCAUUCAUGUUUGCCUCAAAGCACAUCAGGCGUGAAGCCGAGCAGAACAUGUAAACUUGGGGCCAGAAGGUGGUGCACCUGGUUAAGCACCCAGGUUCAACCCCCCUGAUCUCCACCUGCAGGGGGAAAUUUUAUAUAUAUAUAUUUUAACCAGAGCACUGUUCAGCUCUGGCUUAUGGUGGUGCGGGGGAUUGAACCUGGGACUUCAGAGCCUCAGGCUCCAAAGAGAGACUCUUUGCAUAAUCACUAUGCUAUCUACCCUCCGCCCUGGAAAUCUUAUAUUAUUUUUUAAAAAAAUAUAUAAACAUGGACUGUAAUAGAUGUCAAUGUUUAUUUUGGGCAGGUUACCUGUAAUUAAUGAGCUUGUUUUUUAGUGGCAUUUUUAUACUUUUUAAAAAACACAAAGAUACUGAAGUGUACUUUGACUUGAGUCCUGUUUGUUUUCAGACACCUGACAUCCCUGCGUAUCCUCACCCCGUGGGCUUUACUUUCUGAUGCACCCCUGCAGAGAAUGUCUGGUUUUCUGGGGCUUCUUCUUCUUCUCUAAGAAUAGUCCCCAGUACUAUUUCAUUGGUGAACAUCAGAAAUCUCGGACAGUAAUAAUAAUCUAGAAAAAGAAAAAUCACUCCUGAAUAAAGUCUGUCCUAACCAAC